GGAAGAUCCACACUGCGUUGAACCGUCGCCAUGUUGCCGCCCCAUAGCUCGCUGGUCAAGUACGACAGCCCGAUCUUGAUCAGCACGACCAAGGACAAGAAGGCCGGCGGAAGUAAGAAGAGUAAGAAGGAUGCGGAGAAGGGCCCGGCGCCCGGCGGGAUUCCGUCGAUCGCGGCCGCCAGUUCGACGCAGACCGAAGACAUUUUGAACUCGAUCUUGCCGCCCAAAGAGUGGACGGAAGACGGCCAGCUCUGGGUGCAGUACGUGUCGAGCACGCCGGCGACGCGCCUCGACGUCAUCAACCUCCAGGAACAAUUAGACCUCAAGCUCCAGCAAAAGCAAGCGCGCGAGACCGGCAUCUGCCCUGUCCGCGAAGAGCUCUACGCCCAGUGCUUUGACGAGCUCAUUCGCCAAAUCACCAUCAACUGCGCCGAGCGUGGGCUGCUCCUGCUGCGGGUCCGUGUCGAGACGCGCAUGUCGAUUUCGGCGUACCAGACGCUGUAUGAAAGCAGCAUUGCGUUUGGGAUGCGCAAAGCGCUCAUGGCCGAGCAAAAGAAGAUGGACGCCGAACUCAAGCUCAAGCAGCUCGAAGCCGACCGGAACGAGCUCGUGUCCCAAGUCGAAGAGCUCAAACUGCGCUGUGACGCCAUCACCAAGCGCGAAGAAGAGAAGCGGCUCUCGGACGAGAAGAAGCACCAGGACGAGGUCGAGCUGCUCAAAAAAGCCAACGAGCAGCUCAAGGCCAACCUCGAGAGCCUCCUCUCGACGCCCAAGUAGAUAUGCUACAAUGCAUUUACCUGUCUGUGAUCGGCCUCGCCCUACCCGCAUGCUGCUUACGAUGAUGCCACAUGCAGGGCAGUCGCUGAUUGCAUCCUGCCAUCUUUUACAUAGCCAGCACGACGACAGCGCGAUAUUUGCAGGAAAGCUUGUC